AUGUGUGUUAAAUUGAUUGAAUUCCUUCCAACUGAGCCGCCCAAAGUGGACGUACCGACCUCAGGAGUGAAUUCAGUACAAAUUCCUCCUCCUACGGAAUCAAUUGAGCCUCAAUUUGAGCGUCAAGCAACGAUAGGUGAUGUAGGAAAAGAGGAAAUGCCGCAAUCCUUGGAAGAAGAUCCAGAUAGAAAAGUAGCUGAUCUUGAGGAGAGAAUUAAUAAUUUGCUGAAUAACGCAGAUCUCAAUAAAUGGAUGAAGAUAGUCGAAAUGGAAAGGUACAAAUUGGAGGGUGAGCCCACAAAGAAUUUCUACGAUUCAGGCUUUAGUGAGCCGAAUGCGAUGCUCUGCCCUGAAAUGGGAGACUUACUGCGCGCCCUGAUUCUCAUUACUUCCGCUCCAACCCAUUCACAGCAUCGUCAGGAUAUUCGUGAAACUUGGGGGAGUGUUGGUCAGCGUGGGGACGUCGCUUUGGGCUUCCUUGUGGGGGUAACUGCCAAUGAAACAACCGAGGAGGCUUUGCGGAAGGAAGGGAAACUCUUUGGGGAUCUAAUCCGCGGGAAUUCCCUUGAUAGCUACAAAAAUCUCACCUUGAAGAGCGUCUCCAUGCUCGAAUGGAUGCUCACGUAUUGCCCAAUGGCGCCGUACCUGGUGAAGAUUGACGAUGACAUGCUGAUCAACAUGGAGCGUCUUCUUACCUUCCUGGAGGACAAUAGUGAGAGCCAGAGGAGGAUUUUUGGGAAUAUUGCGCGCAAUUGGAAGCCCCAUCGGGAUUUGCAGUCAAAAUGGUACCUUUCGGAGGAAAAUUUCCGCAAUUACAUCUACCCAGACUUUGCCACGGGGCCCGUGUAUGUCCUCACGGGAGACUCAGUGUAUGAUCUCUACACCACAGCCCUGGAUAUGCCCUUCCUCUGGCUCGAGGAUGUCUUCCUCACGGGAUUCGUGGCGGAAGAGUUGAAAAUUCCUCGAAUGGAUCUUGGGGAGGUGAUGAAGAGGAGAGAUGGCAAAUAUUCCCUCCCAUGUCGUCUCCCUGAACUCAUGGCUGUUCACGAGGUAAACACAACGGAACUCCAUGAAUUCUGGAACAUACUCCAUCAUCCUGAAUUAAUCGAAAAUUGCACAUUCAUCGACUCAAAGGAUGUGAGUGACUAUGCCGUGGAUAAGAGCAUUGAUGUAUUAAAUGAUUCCUUGAUGAAAUUAGCAGAAGAAAAAGAGCAUUGA